AUGUGGUUCGGAGCUGAGGAUGACCUUGACGCCUGGCAUUCUCUUUGUCGAGCUAUCGGAAUCGAGCCUUUGCCUGAAACCUGUAAGCAAGCUGUGAGGGUCAUCCGAGGUGUGUUCGUCAAUAUCAUCGAUUUGAUCGACUGGGCUCGAAGUGGAAGCACAACCAAUCGAGUGCAAAGGUUCUCGAGCUUAGAACAGCUACGGAAAUAUACCAAACAAACGGGAAAGGUAUUCCACAAUCGGCUUGACGAAGAUGAUGAUGGAAAUGUUGUCCUUCGGCAUCUGCUUCGGUUUCUUUUCAAAACAAAUCGUCGUUAUGACUGUUGA